AUUAAGAUCUAGACACCUACACUGUACAAGUCAGCAAUGGAAAAGCUACUUUCAAGCUGGUCUUCAGCUGCCAUACACUUGCCGGAAAACUAUGUGUUUCCCGUCCAUUCAAGACCUGGAGAUGCGACGGUGCCCUUUUGCAACACUCUCCCCAUCAUCGAUCUCAAUACUGCAUUUGCUGGUGCUCGACAGGAUGCAGUGCAACAAGUUCUUGAAGCUUGUCAAGACUUUGGAGUUUUCCAGGUGAUAAACCAUGGAGUUGAUGAAGAUCUAGUGAUUGACACGAUGAGGGUUGUGAAGGAGUUUUUUGACAUGCCAAACGAGGACAAGGCUAACGUUUACUCAGAAGAUCCAAACAAAAAAUGUAGACUCUACACGAGCACUUACGACUAUGAGAAUGAAAAGGUUCAUUUAUGGCGAGAUAAUCUUCGACACCAUUGCCAUCCUAUAGAUGAGUUUAUUCAUUUAUGGCCUCAAAAACCAGCUAGAUAUCGAGAUGUUGUAAAGAAAUACUCACUUCAAGUGGGUGACUUGUCAUCAAGAAUAUUGGAUCUAAUAUGUGAAGGACUUGGGCUUGGGCCUACGUAUUUUGGAGACGGGCUUAUCGGGGCCCAAUUAUUUUCGGCUAAUCACUACCCACCAUGCCCCAACCCCGACUUGGCAUUGGGCUUGCCCAAACAUUGUGACGCUAAUCUCAUCACUUUUCUUUUACAAGAUGAUAUAUAUGGGCUUCAACUCUAUAGAAAUGGAGAAUGGCUUGGCAUUGAACCCAUCCCCAAUGCCUUUGUUGUUAUUCUUGGUCACCAAGCCCAGGUUAUUAGCAACGGGAAGUUGACUAGUCCAGAACAUAGAGCAGUGACGAACUCAACAGAUCAUCGGAUAUCGAUUGUCUAUUCCAUCAAUCCAAAACCGGAUAGCAUCAUAGAACCUGCUAAAGUUCUCAUCAACGAUUCUAAUCCACCGCUCUAUCAAGCCUUUCAGUUUAAAGAAUUUCUUAAAACCUAUGAAGUGAAGAAAGAUUACAAUGAAGGUGCUUUAGAGGAUUUUAAGAUCAAAGCAUGACAUGACAUGGUUAAAGACUUGCUUAUCAACAUAUAUUGUUUUGCGAUGUUGUUAUAACUUUGACUCAUAAUCCUUUGAGGGUCAAGCAUAUUUGAAUGUGAUAUUCCAUUUCAAAUGCAUGAAAUUUUGACACGGG